AUGGGAAAUGUUUCGCCCACUCCGCACCAGCUUUUGGUGGAAGCGGCGAUAUUUUGGAGUAUUGGGACGGUUCUAUACGUCGGCCGAAUGAUCUCGCGCUUAUUGACCAACAUGUCAAUACAAGGGAUAUCAUGGGACGACUAUGUUAUGACAGCCACCUUUCUUUUCUAUACGUCUCUCCUCGUAUUGAUCCAAGUAUCGGCAAAAUAUGCGACCAAUUUGAUGGAUCCGGACGAAGCCGAGCAAAUACUCACAGACCCGAAACAAGUCCACGACCGCAUUCUCGGAAGCAAAAUCGUGAUUGCGCUGGAACAAUGCAUGCUCUUUUCCACAUGGGGGGGUCAAGACCUACUCUAUGUCAAGAUUCUGUCUGUUUAUGUAGCGAUUGGCUUCGCUGUGAUUAUGAUCACCUACUACGCCGUGUAUUGCAGACCCUUCUCGCAAUAUUGGGCGAUGCCCGUGUCGAAUGCGCAGUGCGCCACGUACCAGCACUACUCAAUCACACAGGCUGUCUUCAAUAUAUCAUCUGACGCCUUCAUGUUCGCCAUUCCGAUACCACUUAUCGUCAAGGCCAAGCUCCCGCGGCGAAGGAAGCUCCUGUUACUUCUAGUAAUGAGCUUGGGACUGUUCACGAUCAUCGCGGCCAUUUUGAAUAAAUAUUUCAAUUUCGCGUCGCCCAUGACCACCGUCUACCAAAUAUGGUAUAUUCGCGAGGCUAGCACGGCGAUCUUCGUCGCGAAUAUGAUGUGCUGGUGGCCGCUUCUUCGAAAGAUAUUUGGCAUGAAAGCUUUCCAGUACAUCACUACUCCACGGCGAUCAUAUCGGAAGACCGAUGAGAACAAUACCCGUUCGAAGACUGCUGGCUCGCACUCUGGGCGCGGCUCAUUUUCGGUUACUCGGGCCUUCCAUCGGACGAAGGAAUUAUCACUCACUGGACACAGCCAUGCGGGGCGGUCCAGUCAAGAGGCGAUAAAUCGGUCUACGGGGGAUCUUUCCGGUGAUAUAGAUCGGCCAGAAAUACCACUUCAAAUUUGGGGGAAAGGCAACGAGAGAGGUGGUGAUGUUGAGAAUCUUGCGAUUCAGGAAGCGACCGUGAAAUUUGAAAAGGCGAGUGAUGAGAUAGACAGUCCUCGUGGUGAUGGAAUCUACUGCACUACUGAAUUUAACAUCCGCACCGAUAUUAGAGAACGGGAUUAG